GAACUCGGAGCUUCCAGCAACCUCAGCUCAUAGCCGCAUUCGCCUCUGCAGCGGGAGCGCACAAGAACGCAGGCUCCCACGGCCCACGUGUCCUGCUUUCGACAGAUGGCGCGUCGGAACGACCACGUGUUAUCCCUCCUCGGGGCAAUGGCGGCGCUGGUGCUGUUUGCGGCCGCCGGCGCCGCAGCCCAGGGCUGUGCGCCGGGAAACCUCCAGCCAGGAAGGUCGUUCGAGCGGUGCGCCGACCUGCCCGAGCUCGGCGCCAGCCUGUACUGGACGUACCACCCGGCGAACGGCACGGCGGACCUGGCGUUCCGGGCGCCGCAGAGCAGCAGCGGCUGGGUGGCCUGGGGCAUCAACACCGAGCGCCCCAGCAGCAUGGCGGGCAGCAGCGUGUUCGUCGCCUCGCUGGGCGGCGACGGCGGCUCGGUGUCCGUCCUGGCGACCUACCUGGAGUCCACGUCGCCCGCCCUGGCCAACGGCACCCUCAAGCUCGACGUGCCCGUCGCGCCCCUCGCCGAGUACGCGGCCGGCGCCUACACCGUCUACGUCACGGUGGCGCUCCCCGGGAACUCCACGCAGCAGAACACGGUGUGGCAGGCGGGCCCGCUCAGCGCCGGCCAGAUCGCGCCGCACCCGAUCGCCGGGCCAAACGUGCAGAGCACCAUGGUGCUGGACUUCCUGUCUGGCGGCAAAAGCACAGCGCUACCCAACUUCGACGUGCACCGUCGUAGCUUGAGGAGUUUCCGGGGAUGAAAGGCUAUCCCAUGCGAUCGUGAACAUCGUCUAGUUCAAUGUCUCAAGCAUAGAGAUACAUUAGAUGUGUUUAAAUUAUGUGUCUUACUUUAUUUAUUGUAUCAAUCAAAAUAUUCAAUAAAUUAAAUUGAUCAA